AUGUCGUCUCCUCAUCUCCAGACAUACAACGAACGGGCGAAGAAACAUGCCAACAAAGCCGCAAGGGCCUUGCUCGGAAUAAUGGAGGAAAAGCAGUCGAAUCUCUCUGUUAGCGUCGACGUGACUAAAUCCAAAGACUUCUUCGACAUCAUCGAGGCUGUUGGUCCUCAUGUUUGUCUUAUAAAGACCCACGUCGAUAUACUCGAAGAUUUUGACGCGACUGUGAUCGACCGCCUCCAAGAACUUAGCGAAAAGCACAAGUUCUUAAUAUUCGAGGAUCGUAAAUUCGCUGACAUAGGAAGUACCGUGGUAUUGCAGUAUUCAAAAGGGAUCUACAAGAUCGCGGACUGGGCUCAUAUCACCAACGCUCAUGCUGUUCCGGGGCCAUCGAUUAUCACUGGCCUCGCUUCGGUUGGCAUUCCAAAAGAUCGGGGGCUCAUACUCCUGGCAGAAAUGAGCUCCAAGGGUGCACUGACCACUGGGUCAUAUACAGAAGAUGCAGUUCGCAUGGCUCGAGCUCGCAGGGAUUUUGUCAUCGGCUUCAUUGCUCAACAUCGCAUGGAGGGUGUCGGUGCAUCCGACACUGACAACAUUGCGGGGGAAGAUUUCUUGGUUCUCGCUCCAGGAGUAGGCUUAGAUGCCACAGGCGAUGCCAUGGGUCAGCAAUACCGCACUCCAGAGCAAGUCGUUUUUGAAAGUGGUUGCGACGUCAUCAUUGUUGGAAGAGGCAUUUAUGGCAAGGGUGAAAAUGUGGAUACACUGGAGGUUCUUAAACAAGUUCAGAGAUAUCAAGCUGCUGGUUGGGAAGCAUACAAAAAGCGCGUUCAGUGCACAUAA